ACUAGUUUUUCACUGGAGCGAGCUACGCGAGUAUCACUCUCCGCUGGCGAAAGAAUAAAACACCAGCAGAAAUAACUGUUCCGUACGUUGUACGCUGUGGAAACGGUCCGGGGAUAGCGAUUUUUCCAGCGUACAUUGAUUGAUUUAUUGAUCGGUGGCCGCCAGCGUGAAUAGUUGUCGAGUUUCCGUGUGAGGUUGUGAUUUGUGGUAUCGUUUUUUGGUAUUUUCCUCCGCUAGAUUUCGGGUCAAUUCCUCCUCGAGUACGAGAAAAAUUUCUCCAUCGGGCAAGAAAAAGUUGCAGCGGUGGAAUAAAAGAAGCGAAAGAUCCACGGUUUAUGUGCUCCGGUGUGGUGAGAAGUGAAGGAAAAGUGUUGUGUGGAAAAGAAGAGUGUGUGCGUCUUCUCGCAAGAAGAUCCCGUUGGAAUACUUCUCGUUGAUCUUUCCUGCAACUGCUGCAUUUUGGAUGAUUUUGGAGCAGAAAACCGAUAGUGAGCUGAAUUAUAAGAAGCCCACAGAAAUUAAAAGAGAGAGAGCGCGAGAAAGAGUGCCGAAGAAAGAAGAGUGUGAAUUCAUCAACAAUGUCAUCAUCCGGCGAUUUUGGAAAUCCGCUGCGGAAGUUUAAGCUGGUCUUUCUCGGCGAGCAAAGCGUCGGGAAAACUUCGCUCAUCACUCGGUUCAUGUAUGACAGCUUCGACAACACCUACCAGGCAACAAUCGGUAUAGACUUCCUGUCGAAAACCAUGUACUUAGAAGACCGAACAGUAAGAUUACAGCUGUGGGACACUGCCGGACAGGAGCGAUUUCGAUCGCUGAUACCUUCCUACAUCCGCGAUUCAACCGUAGCCGUAGUCGUGUACGAUAUUACAAAUGCAAAUUCAUUUCACCAAACAUCGAAAUGGAUCGACGACGUGCGGACGGAGCGUGGCAGUGAUGUAAUAAUAAUGCUAGUGGGCAACAAAACUGACCUCUCGGACAAGCGCCAGGUGUCGACGGAGGAAGGCGAGCGGAAAGCGAAAGAGCUUAAUGUGAUGUUCAUCGAAACCAGUGCGAAGGCUGGGUACAACGUGAAACAGCUUUUCCGAAGAGUGGCCGCCGCACUGCCCGGUAUGGAUUCCACGGAGAACAAGCCACCAGAAGACACUGUCGACCUGCAGAUUCAGCCCUCAAACUCCGGCGACCAGCAGGAUUCGGAAGGCGGUUGUAUGUGUUAAGCGGUGCGCGGUGCGGACAGCUGACGGAAACGAAACGCACCAGACAGCAGAAGCAAAAGCAGUGUAUUGCAUCCUACGAAAAAUUCAAGAAAAAAAACAAUACGCAGUGUAUUUGCUUUCACCAUAAGAAUAUUUUUCGUUAUCGAUUUACAUGAGAUAAAACAUAAACAGCAAAAAAACAACUAAUUGGUAGGAAUGUUGAGAAGGAUAGGAAAAUGAAACCGCUGAUUACGAUUUGUGCGAAAACGAAAGAGUUCAAUUAAGGCGAAAAGAAGGAGGACACUAGGAUUUAACAAUUUAGCUAUGCAGAUAACCAAAGCGAAUAUUCAUCUCAAGACAAAGAAAAAAAAAAGCACAAAGUGAAGUUUAGUUUCUAAGUGACUCAAUUGACGGGGAAAAACAUUAAACAAAAAACCCAGUGCAGGAUAAUACACACAAAUGCUAAUUAGUAGUGUACUAGAUUAGGGGACAACGCUAAAAUUGAAAAGCGCAAGCAGGUGUGAUUACUGAAUCAACUUCAUUUUGGACACGGACUCUGUUCUAAACAGACAUACAGGCGGAAUACAAGUUACGAAAUGUUUGUUUUAAACGCUCAGAAGCACAUUGAAGAAAAAAGACAUUAUCAUUCUAACAAAUCAUAAACGCUCUAGAAAACGAUAAAAAGUCAUUCCCACCCACAAUCACUCACCCACUCACCCCUUUCAAUCGUUAACUACACCAACAAGAUAAUAGAAUUAACAAAAAAACUCGAAAAAAAAACAUCAAGCGGUAAACAAAACCAAGUGCAUGCUUAUACCGAACCGUAUUGUGUAUGUAUUAUGAUUUUAAAGCAAUUAUCAGCCCCAGCGCCGUUUAUAGGUUAUAUGGUUUACCCAUCACUGCACAGACCGCGCAGCAAAAAUCGGAAAUGUUGACACGGAUUGCGUACGCAAACUUUCCGGGCUUCCACUGUGUGUUAGUUAGCUGGAAAGGUUAGAAAGUGACUUUAGUUCAGCGCACUGAGAUGAAAAUGUUGCAUGGCGGCUUCGAAAUAUAUGUGAGUGCUUGCGAGAAAACCUGUAUUAUUUCGGUGGAUUUUCUGAGUUGUGCUCCGGCGAAUAGAUUUUUCUUCGUGGUAAUGGAUGUUGUGAACAUAGAAAUUUUGGACAGAAUACGAUUGUGAAAACCGACAUUUUUAGGGAGAACGCUUUAUUUGGAUGAAUUAUUGAAAAAAAAACAUGUCAUUCAAAAUAUUGUCAAUUGCUUUCCACUACUUUUUCUCAUUAUUCAGACAAGUUGUCAAAAUAUCUAUUCUUCUUUGGACCCAAUGUGUCUGUUCCAACGUGUAGGCACUCUGCAUUGAUCGAGUUUUGAAUUUUCUCAAUAGUUCUAUACCGUCUCAAAGACAUAAUGCUCAGCAUUGUCACGAUUGAAUAUUUCUACUUCGUAUCUGAUGGUAUAAUCAGUUCAAUGCUCGCUUCAAACCAAUCAAUUGUUGCCCAUAGAACUUCCUAAUAAUAACAUUCGGACGGACGAAAAUAUGGUGCGUAGGUACCUAAUACUCGCGGUACUUUUGGAGGAUCUGUCGCAGUGUAAAAAUCUGGUCCGUCGUCGAAUCCAGCCUAAUAACUUCCCACAAAUUUGUUAACUACUGGCGAUAGACGGCAAAGGAGAAUCUGGGAUAAGAUUUAAUAGUCAACAUUCAGGAUCGUAAUCAGUGUUGCCCCACGUACAGAUUUAUCUGGAACUAGCUGACCCGGCAAACUUCGUCCCGCCCAACAUUUGUUUUUUGUUAUCAAUACCUUCAAAAACCCCCAAAUGCCAAAUUUGGUUUCGUUUGCUUGAUUAGUUCUCGAGUUAUGCAGAAAUUUGUGCUUCAUUUGUAUGGCAGCCCCCCUCCCCCCUCAGAGAGACGGGAGCAGUGUUUUUGUUUAUUUAUUGUCCAGUAGCGUAAGAUGUGAAUCUUUUUGAAAAUUUGCUACCUCCGAUUUUGAAAUUGGUACAGAUAUAAUGAUAAUGUAACCUAUUCUCUACUCCUCUAUUUCAAAUAAGUUCAAUUUAUCCGGUUCCAAAAGUUGACGCAGCCACAAAAUUGCUUCCGAGGGGGAACGCAUCACAGCGGACGGUAACGAGUUCCAGUUUACCACACCUCGAACGAACAAUGAAUUAGCAUUGCAUGCCGUGUUGUUGGAUGGUAUCACAAGGUUCUGCAAACGUCACCCACGAGUUUGAAUCAGUUUUCGAUGAAGUAUGCCAGGAGUCUGUGUCUUUAAUAAAUUCCACAAGAAGAUGCAUGAUCGGUGCGCGUAAAAGUUUUGUAGAGGACACCCAAUGAGGUUCUGUUGCAGAUGACUCACGUGAUCAAAGCGGCUCAGUCCAUAUACGUAUCUCACACAGCAAUUUAGUGAUAGAGGCGAAUGAACUGCAAAGUUUAAAGCCUCUUAAAAACAAAGAAAGAAAGAAAGAAAUUUAGUGCAACACGUAGCCGGUCGAAAGAGGUUGCGCUGGGACGGACAUGAAGGACAUCGCCAAACAAAAAAUGUGGCAGGAUCAGAGAGUUAAAAAGUUUCAGUCUGGUGGCAGUCGGAGAAGUUAAACUGGGAAGUUAAUUUACGUAGCAAUUUGCUAUGUGGAAUAGUAUCUAAAGCUUUAGAAAAGUCGAGCAGUAACAG